UAGAAAAAUAUCAUCUUUUACUAGUUGUGGUACAAAUAAUAUAUAAAAAUGUAUUAAAAAUAUAGCAAAAAAUAAACGGGGCGGGUACGAGGCGGGUAAAGGGGCAGAAAUGUAUAAAAUCGUAACCGCCCCGUUACCCGUAAAAACAAAACGGGUAAUCCCGCACCGUACCCGUUACCCGGUCAAUGCGGUUUUCCCCGCAUUUACACCCAAUCAAGGAGUAGAACUCUUACAAGUAAUCUGGUUAUUUAAGCACGGCGCUAAGGCAAAUACUCAGUGACUUCAAUUCUUGCAUCAGCCGUACCCUUUCUAUCGCUUUUCUUUCGCUUUUUUUCUAUCGCUUUUCUUUCUCAUCAAUAUGGGACGACAGGCUUUGACUUCUAAAGGCAACAUUACAUUCCUAUUCUCACUCUUACUUUCACUUCUGUUGAGCCUUCAGUAUUGCAGCUCGACGACGGACACCAUUACCGUCAAUCGACCUCUUAAAGAUGGGGAGUUAUUAAUCUCUAAAGCAAAAUCUUACGCUCUCGGUUUCUUCACUCCCGGCAACUCCACCGACAGACGGUACGUCGGGAUUUGGUACCGGCAAAUCCCCGAUCAAAUGGUGGUUUGGGUCGCUAACAGAAACAGCCCCGUCAACGGCACCUCCGGCGUCCUCUUCAUCGACGUCACCGGAAAUCUCGUCAUCCAAGACUCGAGAACCAACAUCUCAGUCUGGAACACCAGUCUAGAUUUUCCGGCGACCCCCGCGCCGUCUAAGGCGGCCUACUCUGCCCAGAUCCAAGAAACAGGGAAUCUGGUCCUGUAUCGCGGCGACCAGACGGCGGCAUGGCAGAGCUUCGAUUAUCCGACGAACACAUUGCUUGCCCACAUGAGAUUAGGAAUGGACACCAAACGCGGCUCGAAUCUCUCCAUCACGUCAUGGAAAUCAGCCGAUGAUCCGGCCGUCGGCGACUACGCGCUCAGCGUACAGAUGAAGGGGAAACCGCAGGCGUUUCUGUUUAAAGAUUCGACCCGAGCAUGGAGGCUCGGGUCGUGGAACGGAAUCCGGUGGAGCGGCUUGCCGGAGAUGACUCCAGACGCCACGCCGUACGUCUUCACGGAAAACGACGAUCAGGCAACAGAGGAGUAUUCGAUCAAGGACCCGAAUAUGUACACGAUCGUGAUGUUAGAAGUGAUUUGAAUUCUCUUUAAAACGAAUGUAAAUAGAGCAUAGAAAAUCAGGACACUAAAAGAGGCAUUUUUUAUUGGAGGAAGAAAAACUUAAAAAUCCAAAGCAAAACAAAUAAAGCCUGAACAGGACCUAGUUUUUUAGCUAAUCAAAUAUUGUGAUAUGGCGGUUGAUAAUCAAUUUGACACAGCCCAGGGAACAUUCAAACCUAGAACCCUAGGAAUUAUCUUUAUAUGGAACGCAUACAAUCUGUGCUCAUAGAAAAUGGUGUUACUAUUCAUUCUUUACUAUUUCGAUCACGAAAUAGCCUUCUUAUCAAUUAAAGGAGACUAACUGUGCAAAAUUUGUAUGAUUUUUACGUGUGACAACACAAAAAUAAAAAUAGGAAGGUGAGACACUAUUUCUACUUCUACCUAGCAGGAAAAAAGUUUAAGUCAC